AUGAAAAACAGGAAACUGACGAAAAUGUUGGCAGGUGCAGGCCUUGCUCUUUUCCUUGCACAGUGCAGGGGAAGCAGUGCAGCUUACAAUUGGCAAGACAGUAGUGUAAUUGGUCUUUCUAGAAGCGAAAGCGACGAAAGCAGUGACAUAGAGUACCUAGGUCACGUCUAUACUGUGCCAAGCACCUCAGGUAAUAGCUCAGCCCAUAAUGAAAGCUGUGCUGGCACAACAAGAAGAGCGGUGCAGAAGCCUGAUGAAUCUGGGCAGUGCAAAGAGAGACCGAGUGUGAUCAAGCACACCUCUGAAUACUCCAUGAAGGCUGAUAGGCUGUCUAUAGGAGAAAAAAGAAAAGAGCGUGAAAUAAACAGUCCAGUAAGCCCGCCCUCUCACGAAGUUAUGCCAGCGAAUAAAAGACAAAAGACAGAUGAUGCGCCAAAAGAAGAUGAUAUCGAACAGCUAAGCGAGGAUGCCAUUGAGACUUUGUCAGAGAAUGAAGAGCAGCAGCCUGUUCAGAGAUACCAAACAACGCAGCGCGUAGUGGAAAGAAGAAGCGGGAAAAACAUAGACCGUCUUAACAUCAAUCUAUGGAAUGACAUGGAACUAAGGCUGGGGAACAGAAGGAGAAAGUGCCACAAAGAGAACCACAAGACAGUCUAUACACGCGACAACCUCAACGGAUACAAGAAAUGGAGAAUACAAACAAGAUCAUACAAGACAAGCCUUGGAAAGAGCAUUGAGGACUUUGUCACAAAAAUUGUGCCUCUGAUAAAACUUAACCCGAUGUGGUACUUCAUUGCAAGCAAAUCAACGUAUAUAAACACUAAGUACAGGGAUCUACUGGGGGUGCAGGAGCUUCUCAAGAACGAGGAGAGCCCUCACACAAAAAUGGUAAAGAGCAUUGAGGGGUACCGCCCGAACAUAAUUGACGACAUGAUAGCGUACAUAGAAAAGUACCAGCCGCUGAGAGUGAAGAAAGACGAGUACAGAAACACGUGGGAGGAGACACUGGGAGAUUUCUACAUACGAAAAUACUAUGCGCUAAACUACUCUAUGCUGGAGGGUUUGAAUGUCGUCAACCAGCUUGAAAAGAAGUACCAUCCACUCGUGCAUGCAGUGCACAUGAUUCUAGCGCUGCCUGAAGUGCACCAGGACUUUUCCAACAUCAGUGAAAGCCUUAUAAAAGAAACGGACCUUUCCGACAAGCCAAGUGUAAACAAAAGCUAUCAAGAGGUGCUGCUGAGAAUGCAAAGGGUAUUACAUCUCCGCACGGAGGAAAAAACAGAUCACAGGCUGUAUGUAUCAAUUUAUAGCUAUCUUGAAAGGCCGUGCGGCGGAGAGAGGUCCCUGGAUGGCCUGGUGGCUGUUGACUUGUACAGAUACCUGUAUGCAGUUCUUGCAAAGUUCUACGAGAAAGCAGAGGUGAUUAGUGCAGAAAAAGAGUACGUUCUCUCAGGGAAGUGCGUGAUAAAAAACCAGAAGUACAUAAAGUUUGAGAAAGUGGUGAGCAUAGCCCAGGAUAGGCCAGAUACAAAGCCUCCAGUGCCUACAUAUUCAUUAGAGAUGAAUAGGUGGAGCAUUUCGCCUUUUGUGCACGCGCACUACCACGUGUACUAUGUGGACAAUGCGACACACCAGAUCAGGACACUGUGCAUGCCCAUGUACGUAGACAAGCACGGGAAAGAGCACUAUGUGCACACAAUUGACGAGGUGGUAAAGUACAUAAAGGUGCUGUACGGUGCAAAUGAAGAGUCGAACCACACACACGCAUUUAAAGUAAGAAAGGACACGAAAGAAUGGUCAUACGUCAAGAAAAAAGACAGAAAAAAGACAAUAAAAGACUUAGCAGGCCAUGAGGUGGUGUUCUAUCGCAUUGCGGAGGACCUGGCAAAGACAAGGUUUACAUUCGCAGAGUUUAAGCCUCUGUACCCGCAUGGGCAGGACAGGAUCUGCAUACCGCUCUUCCUCACGCCCAUGAUGCAGUCUGCGGCGGAGCUUGGGCCCUUCAAAAAGAAGGGAGAGCAUACGGAGACAGACUCAAUGAGGUUUGAGAACAGAGUGACUGACAAGUACAAGUACAACGGCAACUAUCGGGGAAGCGAGUUCUCCGAUUUGCACAUGUACUACAGCAACUUUUACAUAGUGCCGGACAAAGAGAGGAAAAAGAGCGCAGACUGCUACGUCAUGGACUGCAGAACUGCUGCGAGAGAGGACGGCACAGUUAAAGCCGUGUGGUAUGUGCGAAUGCCUGUGGGCGUGGACGAGUACAUGCACUGUGUGCUGGACAGCGCUUUCAAAGAAAAAGAAAACGCAGAAAAGUUCAAUAGUUUCGUUGAGGCACUGGAGUCAAGGGAGCACAAAAAAGACAGCGAGCUGCAGGGCAUUUGGCUGCGGAAUGAAAAUGCAGCAGGCAGCGGCCAUGACAGCCAGGCGAGAAAAAUGCACAUCUGGCAGAUCGGGCUUGGAAGGAGCAGAUGGAAUCCUUUGAAGUAUAAGGUAAAAAUUGAGGCAAACAUAAGAAAGUCUGAGGAAAUGCUUGAAAAAGCCGAGAAAGCGAUAGUAGAUUUAAAAACGCUAGAUAAAUGCAGCGAGAGGCCAAAAAUGCGAAGCGAGCUGAAAACAGAGUAUAUCACGCAGUGCAGAGCAAAAAGAAACCUAGAGCUCUUGCACAGAGAGAUGUGUGAGGCAGUAUCUGAAAGGCCAGAGCAGCAGACAGACUUCAUAGUGUUCCGCAAUGUGAACGAGAGCAAGUCGAAUCUAGGCACACACAACGAGGUUCUUGACGUGUUAAUCUCGCUGUACAACCGAAAAGUGCUACCUCAGAGAAAUAAAUAG